CCCUGGCCUCGUAAAAGGGCUGAAUGAGUGCAGUGGAUGCUUCUCCUGUUAUUCUCUCCAUGUUCUGCUAACAACACUGGGGUUGGCUCGUACAUGCAAGCAGACCUGUGCGGUGCUCCACUUAGGAGCUCUCCAUGACAGUUAUCAGAUUCCCAAAGUAUCCAAACUUGCAUGUUGACUUGUUUCGUUUUGAUUUUUACUGAAGGUGUUGUUGUGCAGGAGUACAUCUCCUUUUAGUGGAUUUGUUUAGUUUUUUUUUUUUAGUAACUUACAACCACCAUGUGGGAGUUCCGGUCCAUGUCUUUCUGGCGGGCGGUGUUUGCCGAGUUCUACGGCACCAUGUUUUUCGUCUUCUUUGGUCUGGGGGCCGCUCUCCGCUGGACCACGGGGCCCCAUAAUGUUCUGCACGUGGCCUUUUGCUUUGGGCUGGCAGCCGCCACGCUCAUCCAGUCCAUCGGCCAUAUCAGCGGAGGACACAUCAACCCUGCUGUGACCUUCGCCUUCCUCAUUGGCUCCCAGAUGUCCCUGUUUCGUGCCAUCUUCUACAUUGUGGCCCAGUGUCUUGGAGCCCUGGCUGGUGCUGCUGUGCUCUAUGGAGUCACACCUAGCAACAUGAGGGGUAACCUGGCCCUCAACACGCUGCAGCCAGGCAUCAGUCUGGGUAUGGCCACCACCAUGGAGGUCUUCCUCACCCUGCAGCUUGUUGUCUGCAUCUUCGCUGUGACAGAUGAGAGGCGCAAUGGACGCCUGGGAUCCGCCGCCCUGGCCAUCGGUUUCUCAGUGCUGAUGGGACAUCUUCUCGGGAUUUACUACACCGGAGCAGGAAUGAACCCAGCAAGGUCCUUCGCCCCCGCUGUGCUGAUCAGGAAUUUUGUCAACCAUUGGGUGUACUGGGUGGGGCCUAUGAUUGGUGGGGCUAUCGGUGCUCUGCUCUAUGACUUCAUGCUCUUCCCCCGUAUGCGCGGCCUCUCAGAGAGGCUGGCCACACUGAAGGGGACCAGGCCCCCGGAGGCCGAGGGCCAGCAGGAGACCAGAGGAGAACCCAUUGAGCUCAAGACACAGGCCCUAUAAGCCCACAGAAGAAUUGCCGUUUUUUUGGCCUCCAUUCCCGUCGGCUAAACCCUCACUCCUCCAUCCCAUAUCACAACACCAGAACCAGGCCUGCUGAUUCACAGCAUGUAUAGUCUAGGCCUCCUCCUCCCCCUUGUUGGACUGCAGGACAAAGAUGAAGAUAUCCCUUCAUCUUUCUUUCUAUUUCUUUUUCUUCUUUCUAGUCUGCUAGGAGUGAAGCUACUGUAGAGACUUCAGCAUGCUUUUUUCCAUUUUGAGCCGGCAUGAUUUUGCCCUUUACUUUCUUUAGUUUUGUUCCAGCAAUCAUCGCUUAUUGACAUGUACGUAUUGUACUUCAUCAUAUCAUUAAUCACAUUUUAUUCUCAAUUUUUUAAAAAAAGGGUGUGUCGGGGGAUGCUUGUUGUUUCUUUUUGUGUAUGCUUGUGUGCAUGUUUUCAAUUUCUCCUUUUUUUGUUUUCUUUUCAUUGCUUCAAUGCAUCCUAACUGAAGAUAAAUAUACAUCAUACAAGCUGAUUUCCAAGAAGGGCGUUGCAACAACAGCUACUUUCACAAAUCAAUUGCUCUCCGAUGAUACAACAUGUAUCCACAUUUUCAGUUUUGGCUUUUUAUCCAAAACACAAAAAAUAAUUUUUAAGUUUUUGGGAUAAAAUCAAAAACCUCACAAAAUGUGGAGAUAUGGUGUUCAUGGGACAGCGACUGUUAAAGAUUCCAUGUGAAAUCUUCCUUUCUGAAUAAUUAAGGCCUAUCCUAUUUAAUGAAACACACAUACCAUUGGUGUCCAAUGAAAAGCAUGUCAAUUAUGUGUUUAGGAUUAAAAAAAAUGUACAAAAUGUGGCCAUACGUGCUUUUCACUGGACAUUGGAUUUCCUUCUGAGGUAUGUACACCUAUUUCAACAAAAAUUCUCCACAAUGUAUCCAGUUUUUGCAUUAUCCCCUAUCCAGAAAAGACAAUCACUGUUGGUUUCCUUGUGUUGUGUAAACGCUGACCAACCUCUAAAGCAAUCAACUGACAUCAACAUGAUGGCGGUCAGGACUCUUAUGAGCGCAUGAGGUGUGCGCUGACUUAAAGCUACGUGGCUCUUUAGGAGUGCAAUUAUUUCCUUGUGCAAGUCGAGAGAGAGAGAGAGAGAGGGGUCAGGACUUUCUUUUCCACACAUAAGAACUUUGAAGAUGAUACUCUACAGCCCCUCUCUCCCCAUACAUCCCUCCUCCUUUCACCCCAACUCCUCCCAUCAGGAGGGAGGUGUCGGAGUAGUCACAAAUACAUUAUUAAGAAUGUGACAUUUAAGCUUCCUUCUGCUUUACCUUUUUUUUUUCCUGUGUGGUUUCCCUGAGUAAAGUGGUUGGUUGACUAGAUUUUACAUUUUAGUGACAUGUUUUUCUGUGAUGUACAGUGUAAAGUUUUCUUUUUUUUAAGCAACAUUUGAGGAUUCUUGAAACUGAAUGGAUAGGAAUAAUCAUCAUUUAUUACUAGUAGAUGCAACUGUGUUCUCUUGGGCUGCUGAAAGUGAUGCCAAGUAGGUGACACACCAUUAUGCUGUCAUUAAAUUGACAGCCUUCCUAAUCAAAUGGCAUUGAUUUAUUUUUAUAUGUCAAAAAAAUGGCGUAAAAAUUCUUGUUUGACAUCUUU